UACUUUUCAUGAACUUGCUGCAUGUUAAGACCAACUCCUCAGAAAGUUUUACAAUGCCAGUAACAUGUUUCAACUUCUUAUAUAAUGUGAAAUUAUAUAAAUUAUACGUUAAAUUAUAUAGUUUGUUUAGUGCAACAAGUUUAUUUUUCAACCGUGAAGUGUCCAGCUUGUUAUAUAUCUUGCUAAAAAAAACGUAUUUAGGGAAUUCUUAUAAAAAAAUGUCAACAUUUUAAGAUGCAAUGUACUGCUGUCCUACUUUGAGCAAACACUGCAAAUGUUAGAAAUACAUUUUGCAUUUGCCAAUGAUGACUGCACAUUCUCUCUUUUUUAUGUGUGUGUGUGUGUGUGUGUGUGUGUGUGUAGGAGAACACUGGUUGGGUUUGAGGAAGGUAUUUCAUAUAGUAAACCAGAAAGAUACUCGGUUCCAACUUCACAUCGCUCUGGUGUCCCACGAUGAUGUCACCUCUUAUGCAUCAUAUGAUGAUUUCCACCUGGACAGUGAAACCCAGUUCUUCAGUAUACACCUGGGCAGAUAUGCAGGCAGCGCAGGUGAUGCAUUUCGCGGCUAUGACCAGGAUCAGAACCAGGACACGGCUCCAUUCAGUGCCUCAGAUGUGGACAACGACGGCUGUAAUCCUUCCUGCUCCAUCGACAACCGCACGGUGGAGAGCUGCAGCACUCAGCACAACCAGACAGGAUGGUGGUUCAACCAGUGCGGCCUGGCAAACCUUAACGGCUCUCCCGAAGAUGAAGAGCAGAACCAGGGACAGAGGACACACAUCCUGUGGGACACCUGGAGACAGAAUGGAGUCCCUCACAUCAUCAAAUCUGUCACGAUGAAGGUUAGGAGGAUUGCAACCAAUAAUUGACAGAGAGGAGGAGGUUGAGGAGGAGAAGCAGAGGGAGAGGGGAAGAAAGCACAUAUUGUAAAAGUUGCACUGCAUCUUUGUACAACCUGAAGUUUUAAUAAAACAGGAUGAAGGAUGAAA